GUCUUUCCCUCUCCUUUUUUUUCCAUCAGAAAGUAGUAUUUCCUCUCUCUAUAUACAAAUCUUCUAUAAAAGCAUCCACUGUCUCCAUCUCCAUGUUGAAGGCAAUUAUAUAGUUGAACAAGAAAAGAGAAUACCAAAGAAAAGAAAUAGAGAGAAGAGAAAUUUAGAUCAAGAUUAUGAGUUCCGAGUCUGAAACGGUUUGCGUUACAGGGGCUGCUGGUUUCAUCGGGUCAUGGCUUGUCAUGAGACUCAUCGAGCGUGGCUACACGGUUCGAGCCACCAUCCGAGACCCAGCAAACAUGAAGAAGGUGAAGCAUUUGCUAGAACUGCCAGAUGCAAAGACCAAAUUGUCCUUAUGGAAAGCUGAUCUUGCUGAAGAGGGAAGCUUUGAUGAAGCCAUUAGAGGGUGCACUGGAGUUUUCCAUGUGGCGACACCCAUGGAUUUUGAGUCCAAGGACCCUGAGAAUGAAGUGAUAAAGCCAACAAUAAACGGAUUGUUAGACAUCUUGAAAGCAUGUGAGAAGGCCAAAACUGUGAGAAGGUUGGUAUUCACAUCCUCAGCAGGGACUGUGGAUGUUACAGAGCACCCAAAGCCUGUUAUUGAUGAAACUUGCUGGAGUGACAUUGAGUUCUGCCUCAGAGUCAAGAUGACUGGCUGGAUGUAUUUCGUUUCCAAGACACGAGCAGAACAAGAAGCGUGGAAAUAUGCCAAAGAGCACAACAUAGACUUCGUCUCUGUCAUUCCACCUCUUGUAGUUGGCCCAUUUCUCAUGCCAACAAUGCCACCUAGCCUAAUCACUGCUCUCUCACUCAUCACAGGAAAUGAGGCCCAUUACUCAAUCAUAAAGCAAGGCCAAUAUGUCCACUUAGACGACCUUUGUCUUGCUCACAUAUUCUUGUUUGAGAACCCAAAAGCCCAAGGGAGAUACAUGUGCUCUGCAUAUGAGGCCACCAUUCAUGAAGUUGCAAGAAUGAUCAACAAAAAGUACCCUGAGUUCAAUGUUCCCACAAAGUUCAAGGAUAUUCCAGAUGAAUUGGACAUCAUUAAAUUUUCUUCAAAGAAGAUCACAGACUUGGGGUUCAAAUUUAAGUACAGCUUAGAGGAUAUGUACACAGGAGCCGUCGAAACCUGCAGAGAAAAGGGGCUUCUUCCUAAAACUGCUGAAACUCCAGCUACUAAUGGCACAACUCAGAAAUAAAUGUGCUUCUUGACCAAAAGAAAUAAAUGUGCUUCUGUAUCUUUGUGCCAGUGAUGGCUUUGGAUCUUGCUUUUGAUUUCUCUGUUCUUUAUGAUCAAUUGAGAUUUAUUAGACUUAUCAA